UUGAAGUGGUCCCCGCUCUUGGUGCCAACCUAUUAGAAAGAAAAUGUGUACUAAUGUACUUAGGUCUAACCAGAGUAAAGUAAAUAUUACUAAAUAUACCAUCUAACAAACUAAAUAAACUUAAUAUUAAUUUAUUUUCUAGUCUUGGAAAUUUUCGUAAAUAUAAAGUAAAGGCGAUUAAACUCUGUAUAUAUUUAUUCUAUCAAAACAGAAAUUAAUCAUGUCAUUAUUUAGGAAUAUUUUUUCAAGGACUGUCGUGAAUUCUAUUUAUACCAGUUUAAUUUUACCGCGUUCUUCUAAUCAAAAAAUCAACAGGCAAAUAUGUUGUGGAGUUUGUUUAAGAAAUCCUAGACAAAUACCGAAGCCAGAUGACGUUACCUCCCCAGCAAUAGCCGGCAAGUACCAAGUGAUAACAGAGGCCAAUGCACAAGUAAUUGAAAAUACUUCGGAGGAAAUUCAUUCUGCGGACAGGUAUCAAACACUUAGUGAUGAAUUUGACGGUAUAAAUCUUGAUAGAGGUAAAACUGGAGUUUUUGAUGUGGAAGACCUGGUGAAUUUACUGGAAAGAGAAAAUUCUAAGGAUAUAUUUGUAGUGUCAGUACCCCAAGAAAUUCGUUAUGUUAGUUACAUUUGUAUCGUUACUGGCCGCAGCAAAAGACACAUUCAAGCUUUAGCCGAAUUUAUAAGAAAAGUUUAUAAAAAGAAGUGCAAUAAAUAUGAUCCUAUACCAAGAAUUGAAGGAAAGAACUCUGAUGAAUGGAUAGCUUUGGAUUUAGGUAAUAUAGCACUACACAUAUUCUCUGAUAAGGUGCGACAGAUAUAUGAUCUAGAAACACUUUGGUCUGUUGGUCCUGAAUAUGAUGAACAAAUUCGAAAGAAGACUGAUGAUGUUGUUGAUGCAUUUGAAAAUUACAGUCAGUAUUUGAAGGAUCUUAAACCAUUAGAUUAGUCCUUUAAUGUUUUUGUAAUUAAAUAUGUUG